AAUAGUUACAAUGCAUCAAAACGUCAUGUUGCAGAAAUAAAAUUGAUUUUAUGUUUGUGAUAUUAAUAUAAGAAAUUCAAAAGAAAUAAGCAUUUAAAGUAUUUAAAAAAAUUCAGACAAGUGAAGUAAAUUCUUUUUUAAAAUAUGCAUAAUUUGAAAAACAUUGUAUACUGAUGUUAUACAUCUAUGGACCAAAGAAAAGAUGUAUACGAAUACCAGUCAAAAUGUUCCAUUGAUAUAAAUGAAUUAAUUAAGUUUUCUGGAAAUGAAAAGAAAAAAGUGGCUCGAAGACGGUGGGCAAUUCUUGCAAAGGCAUUGAAGAGCCCAACCGGAAGUGAGCCAUCCAGUCCCACCGACGAAUACUCCGUACGGCGAAUUUCUUCCUUCAUGCUUCUGCAAACGCAACAACUUCCCUCCGGUUCCGUCUCGCCUACAGACGCACGCCUACUAGAUCAAUUCAAUAAGCGCACAUGGUACAGCUACUCGAUGCUGGUUGGAGAACGUAGCUUCUCGGUGCACGUGGGCCACAGGAAUCGCACCUUCUCCGCCGAGGAUCUGAUGGGUUUCAACAACACCGGAAACAUCUGCAUAUGGCCGUCGGAGGAGACCCUCAGCUAUUACGUAUGUAACAAUCUGGACAUGUUCAACGAUAAAAAGGUGCUCGAACUAGGUGGCGGCAUGUCAUGUCUUGCUGGACUCUAUGUCGCCACCUACGGUCGACCGAGAUCUGUCACUUUGACGGACGGAAACAAAAUUUCUAUGGAAAAUGUUCAAGUGACGUUGGAAUGCAACAAGUUCGAUUGUCCCGUUGAUAGCAGGGUUUUGAAGUGGAACGAUGUUUCCUUCGCCGAAUUCCACGACGUUAUACUGUGCGCUGAUUGUCUGUUUUUCGACGACGCUAGGAACGACUUGAUUGACUGCUUGUGGAGAACUUUGCCACCGAAUGGGUUAGCUUUGGUUAUGGCCCCGGAGAGGGGUAACACCUUGGACAAUUUCAUUGACCAGUCUCGAAAAAUCGGUUUUCAAUGUAGGAAAAUCGUGAACUACAAUGAUGUAGUUUGGUCCAAACGUUUAGCUUUAUUAGAUAAUGUUGAAUUCGAUGAUAAUAUUCAUUAUCCUAUUUUGAUAGAAGUGACCAAGAGUUAAGUGCCUUUAGUAUUUUGGAAAAUGCAACAUAAACCCCAGAGAAAUCGUAGGAAUUACCUAUUUACAGGAUUUACUGAGUGUUUAAGGAUGUGUGUCGAAAUUUCUAGGAAAUAAGUGUAAUUUGUUCUAUUUACUAGCUCCUUUUGGAAAUUAUGACUCUCAUUAGAUACCUCAAAAAUCUUGAAUCAUGAAUUUUAGCGUAUUUUUCAUGAGAAAUAUUAUUCAUUAGUAAGAAUUUUUGUAAGUAUUCCAUCCAGAGCCGUAAAUUACAAGUGAUCCAGAAUAUGUUAGAAAGUAAGUCGUUUUCAAGUAAUUUGCAAUUGAAUGUUGACGUUGAGAGUUGUGGAUUGCUACAAUGCUCAGAAAAAAUGUUUUGAGUCAUUUUUAGUCCUAAAUACAAGUCACAAUAUCAAUCAAAUGGAUUCAAUCUCGUCCAAAAAAUUCAAAUUUUAUUAUUUUACAGAAAAUGAUAAUAAUUAUUAACAAU